AUGGCGUCAGCGGCUUUGUCCUGGGGACUGUGAAGGGCGAUUCUGACUCUGGACUUGACACCAACCUGGGACCUGGGCUGAGAGAGCCAGCAUGUCUCAGUGGAAUCAAGUCCAACAAUUAGAAAUCAAAUUUUUGGAGCAAGUAGAUCAAUUCUACGAUGACAACUUUCCUAUGGAAAUUCGACAUCUGUUGGCUCAGUGGAUUGAAAAUCAAGACUGGGAGGCGGCUUCCAACAAUGAAACCAUGGCAACAAUUCUUCUUCAAAACUUGUUAAUACAACUGGAUGAACAGUUAGGUCGUGUUUCCAAAGAGAAAAACCUGCUCUUGAUACAUAAUCUAAAAAGAAUCAGGAAAGUCCUUCAGGGAAAAUUUCAUGGAAAUCCAAUGCACGUAGCUGUGGUUAUUUCGAAUUGUUUAAGGGAAGAGAGGAGAAUAUUGGCUGCAGCCAACAUGCCCGUUCAGGGACCUCUGGAGAAAUCCUUACAAAGUUCUUCAGUCUCAGAAAGGCAGAGGAAUGUGGAGCACAAAGUGGCUGCCAUUAAAAAUAGUGUGCAGAUGACAGAACAAGACACCAAAUAUUUAGAAGACCUGCAAGAUGAAUUUGACUACAGGUAUAAAACAAUUCAGACAAUGGAUCAGGGGGACAAGAACAAUGCCCUAAUGAAUCAGGAAAUUUUGACUCUUCAAGAAAUGCUUAACAGUCUCGACUUCAAGAGAAAGGAAGCCCUCAGUAAGAUGACCCAAAUAGUAAAUGAAACGGACUUGUUAAUGAACAGCAUGCUGAUGGAAGAGCUGCAGGACUGGAAGAGGAGACAGCAGAUCGCCUGCAUCGGCGGGCCGCUCCACAAUGGGCUCGACCAGCUUCAAAACUGCUUCACACUGUUGGCAGAAAGUCUGUUUCAACUCAGAAGGCAAUUGGAGAAAUUAGAGGAACAGUCUACUAAAAUGACAUAUGAAGGAGACCCCAUCCCCAUGCAAAGAGCACAUCUGCUAGAAAGAGUCACCUUCUUGAUCUACAACCUUUUUAAGAACUCAUUUGUGGUUGAGCGACAGCCAUGCAUGCCAACCCACCCCCAGAGACCGAUGGUACUUAAAACUCUUAUUCAGUUCACUGUAAAGCUAAGACUACUAAUAAAAUUGCCAGAACUAAACUAUCAGGUAAAAGUGAAAGCAUCAAUUGACAAGAACGUUUCAACUCUAAGCAAUAGAAGAUUUGUCCUUUGUGGAACUCAUGUCAAAGCCAUGUCCAUUGAAGAAUCUUCUAACGGGAGUCUCUCGGUAGAAUUUCGACAUUUGCAACCAAAGGAAAUGAAGUCCAGUGCUGGAGGCAAAGGAAAUGAGGGCUGUCACAUGGUAACUGAAGAGCUUCAUUCUAUAACCUUUGAAACACAGAUCUGCCUCUAUGGCCUGACCAUAGAUUUGGAGACCAGCUCAUUACCUGUGGUGAUGAUUUCCAAUGUCAGUCAGUUACCUAAUGCUUGGGCAUCCAUCAUUUGGUACAAUGUGUCAACCAAUGAUUCCCAGAACUUAGUUUUCUUUAAUAAUCCUCCAUCUGCCACUUUGAGUCAACUCCUGGAAGUGAUGAGCUGGCAGUUUUCAUCCUAUGUCGGCCGUGGCCUUAACUCAGAUCAACUCAAUAUGUUAGCAGAGAAGCUUACAGACUCAUUGGAACACUUACCUGGUAAAUCAUUUACCUUUUGGACUUGGCUUGAAGCAAUAUUGGAUCUAAUUAAGAAACACAUUCUUCCUCUUUGGAUAGAUGGGUAUGUCAUGGGCUUUGUUAGCAAAGAGAAGGAGCGCCUCUUGCUAAAGGAUAAAAUGCCUGGAACCUUUUUGUUAAGAUUCAGUGAAAGCCACCUUGGAGGAAUAACUUUCACCUGGGUAGACCAUUCUGAAAAUGGAGAAGUGAGAUUCCACUCUGUAGAACCCUACAAUAAAGGUCGGUUGUCUGCUCUGCCGUUCGCCGACAUCCUUCGAGACUACAAGGUUAUUAUGGCUGAAAACAUUCCCGAAAACCCUCUGAAGUACCUUUAUCCUGACAUUCCCAAAGACAAAGCCUUCGGUAAACACUACAGCUGCCAGCCCUGCGAAGUUUCAAGACCAACAGAAAGGGGGGACAAAGGUUAUGUUCCAUCUGUUUUUAUACCCAUUUCAACAAUCCGAAGUGAUUCAACUGAGCCACAUUCUCCAUCAGAUCUUCUUCCCAUGUCUCCAAGCGUAUAUGCGGUGCUGAGAGAAAACCUGAGUCCCACAACAAUUGAAACUGCAAUGAAGUCUCCAUAUUCUGCUGAAUGACAAGAUAAAUUCUUGACACUCAAAAGAAGGAAGCAAAUGAAAAAGCUUAAAGACUGAUCUUUGCCAACAAUCCUAUCUUAUUUCUUCAGCUUUGUAUAUACCAGUUUCCAGGAAAUGGUUGAAGUCUGAAGCUCUCCUCUCACUCGCCUGACACCACCAAUUGGGAAUGUCCUGACUGAAAUGCUAAAAACCAAAGCUUCAGAUAAACUUACAAGAUAAGACACUUUAAGAAACCAGUGUUAAUAUAACAUUAACAAAAGA